CUGAGGGCUGCAGCCAACGUCUGUUCGUGUCGGACUCGGCCGCGUCGUCACCAUGUCCCUAGCGGCCUCCGCGGGCCGGGGCCUGGGGGCCGUGUGGUCCCCCACACACGUGCAGGUGACGGUGCUGCAGGCGCGGGGCCUGCGGGCCAAGGGCCCCGGGGGCACGAGCGACGCGUACGCGGUGAUCCAGGUGGGCAAGGAGAAGUACGCCACGUCGGUGUCGGAGCGCAGCCUGGGCGCGCCCGUGUGGCGGGAGGAGGCCACCUUCGAGCUGCCGCCGCUGCUGUCGCCCGGGGCCGUGCCCGCGGCCGCCGCCACCCUGCAGCUCACCGUGCUGCACCGCGCGCUGCUCGGCCUCGACAAGUUCCUGGGCCGCGCCGAGGUGGACCUGCGGGAGCUGCACCGGGACCAGGGCCGCAGGAGGACGCAGUGGUAUACCCUGAAAUCCAAACCGGGAAAGAAGGACAAAGAGCGAGGGGAGAUCGAGGUUGACGUCCAGUUCAUGAGAAACAACAUGACGGCCAGCAUGUUUGACCUUUCCGUGAAGGGCAAGUCCCGGAACCCGCUUGGAAAGCUGAAGGACAAGGUCAGGGGGAGGCGGAAGGACAGUGCCUCAGACACUGCUUCAGCCAUCGUCCCCAGCACGACCCCCACAGUGGACAGCGAUGACGAGUCUUCAAAAGACAAGAAAAAGAAGUCAAGGAUCAAGACCUUGUUUUCCAAGUCUAACCUGCAGAAGACGCCGCUUUCUCAGUCCAUGUCUGUCCUGCCUACUUCCAAGCCCGACAGAGUGCUGCUUCGUCCUGGAGACUUUCAGUCCCCGCGGGAGGGUGACGGCGAUGGGGAUGAGUCCUCCUCUGCCUCGGACGUCAUGUCACACAAGAGGACAGCAGGUAUGGAUCCUAAGCCACUGACCCAGGUCAACUUCACCCUUCCCAAGAAAGAAGGGCUCUCCUUUCUUGGCGGCCUUCGGUCUAAGAAUGACUUCCUCUCCCGCUCCAAUGUCUGUAUCAAUGGGAACCACGUGUAUUUGGAGCAGCCUGAAGCCAAGAGUGAAAGCAAGGACAGCAGCCCUUCCUGCUCCCCGUCCCCCCAGGGCUUAAGGAAGAAGCGUUUGUUUUCAUCCACCGACAACCUGGCCGCAGGGUCCUGGAAGGAGCCCGGGGAAGAAGGUGGGACGUCCUCCGACAGCUGGAUCUCAGAGUCUUCCACCAAGGACUCUCUGAAGUCCAUGUCUCUGCCGUCCUACCAACCUCAGGUCAGUGGGGACAUUAGGGGAAACACAGCUCCUGCGAACUUGGAGGCCGCGAGAGAAACCAAGGAGAGUAGGAGGCAGGAGAACAAGAAGGCCUCUCUGCUUGCGCUGGUGACGGGAAGGAAGGACGUGGCUAAGGACGUGGCUCAGGGCGGUGAGAGCGAAAGCCCUCCUGCCGUCUCGCACGCCCAAGUCAAGCCCAGGGAGGACGAGCCAGGGCCUGUCGAAGGCCUCGUGAGAAGAUCCGAGAAAGGUACUGCAUCUGUUGUCUCCGGACGGGGUAACUCCCUGAACCCCUUUGAGGAAGAUACGCAGGUCACAGAACCAACAGCUGACUCCGAGUCCAAGUCCGUGCCGAAGCCACCUGUUCCCUCUGCGAGGGCUCCUCAGACCAAGGCUGUCAAACCUCGACUGGCAGUGUCUCCAGAGGCUCAACCCAAAGCCAGCCUCCCUUCUCCCCCCGACUCACUUCCCCCUUUUUCCUCUCUCCCUUCCAGUUCUGCUCAGGCACCUGUCCCUUCUGAGCGGGGGCAUGGUUCCGAGACACAGUCCUCUGAAAGUCCUUCUGCCUUCUACUCUUUCUUGUCUCCCGUGGUAGCCCCCAUUUCUACAUCCACUCCGAUUGAGAACUGGCCUUCCAUGGACAAGGGCCAGGCCAGUUCUGAAGAGCCAUCUUUUCUCCUUAAAGCACAGUUUUCAAAGGAGAGUUUAAUAACACCAGUUCCAAAUGCUGUUUCUUCUGCGUCGGGCUCACUUUUCGAACGGCCGUCCUUUCCAGUGUGUGAAGGGAUGGAAGGUUCUCCAGUGGGGGCCAUCAGUGGGACGGGCACGGAGGAGAGUCCCAGCAGGAAGGAGUCAGGAAGAUCUCACCUGGAGCAGCCUGAAACGGGCCAGCAAGAAGAACUCCUGAGGUUUUCCGCCCCAAGAAGGGACGACAUCCCUUCCUCCGAGGCAGCCCGGGGAGUGACGUGUGCCCUUUCUCUCAACAGCGGCAGCAUCGCAAGCCCAGCUGGGGAGCCCCCGACAGGGGGACACACGGACUUUGAGAGUCACUCCAGAUCUUGUGUGGAGCACAAAGUUAGGGAUGAAGGAGUGACUUCCGCGGAUAGGGAAGCGGCGCCCCCUCUUCAAGCGGGAGAGCCAGCCCCUCCAUUUGACUCCAUGGUGCGGAAGCAUGGAGAGCUGAGCCUGCAUGUCACCGAGGGCCAGAAGAAAACCAGGAAGCGUGUGUCGUUUUCUGAGCAGCUCUUCACGGAAGAGGAGGUGGAAGAGGACAGGCGUCACCCCCGGGAGCUGGCGUGUGCGGGGGCUGCCGCUGGAGACGUGGCCGCCGCUGGAGACGUGGCUGCUGGAGAGCCUCCUGGGUCUGCACACGCAGAAGGCUUGGAGAGGGGGCUGGAGACGGCACCCGGGCUGCUGGCUGGUGGCACCCCAGCUUCCGUGGCGGGUCGCCUUGUCUCCUCUCUUGAGAGUUUCUCAGAAGGCCCCUCAAGUGCAGCAAGCUCGGCAGAAGACAGGCUGUUCUUCAGGGCUGAGGGAGACAUUACCCCUGGGGCUCAGUAUCAGAGCAAAGCCAGUGACCAUGAAGGUUUAUUGUCUGACCCCCUGAGCGACCUCCAGUCUGCCUCGGAUGUUAAAUCUCCAGCCAUGGCUGAGCUGAACCUAACCCUUCCUUCCAUUCCUGAAGUCGCAUCGGAUGAUGAAAGAGGAGAUCAGGCUGAAGAUGGCAGAAAGACAGCAGAGUUGGCACCUGCGCAAGUAGGAGCUUCUUCCUUGAGCACGUCACCUCCCUGUCCUGAGGAGGGAAGAGGGCCAGCGCCUGCCGAGGACCUGCGUGACUUCGGGACUGAAGCACCCACAGCGGCCAUUGACGCCCCUUUGGCGCAGGCCACAGCUCCAGGAGGUCACAUGCCACAGCAUGGCGAGAGCUCAAGCUUGGAUAAACAGCUGCCAGGCCCUGGCGGUGGCGAGGAAGAAAAACCGAAGGGAAGCGGGAGGCCGGGUCAGCCUGCUGGCCUGUCCCUGAACUCUGCCGUGGCCAGUCCCCCCCUUUCUGAGACCUUUCCUGCCACACACUCUUUCCCCAGCUCUCCACAUUCUGACACUCACCACACCAGUACAGCAGAAUCUCCAAAAAAAGCAACAGCAGAGGGCUGCGCCGGUAAAGUUGACAGUUUUGGCAAGAGGAAGCCGCUUCUUCAGGCCUGGGUGUCCCCCUCCGAGACGCGCACAGGCUCCGCUCAGCCGGGCGCUGGAAUGGGGUCGGCCGCGCACAGACUUCAUCCUGUGAAACCAAUGAGCACAACAGCUACCAAGAUUGCAAACUCCAGCUUGGGAACUGCCCCCAUCGUCAGUGAGAACUUGAUCAAUGAAGCCAUGACGAAGUCUCCAACGAAAUACAGCCCCUCGGACCCGGCCUUUGCCUAUGCGCAGCUGACCCGUGAUGAGCUGAUCCAGCUGGUUCUCAGGCAGAAGGAGACGAUAAGCAGGAAGGAGUUUCAGGUCCGGGAGCUGGAGGACUAUAUCGACAACCUGCUGGUCAGAGUCAUGGAGGAAACCCCCAACAUCCUCCGCAUUCCGGCUCAGGCUGGCAAAAAAGCAGGAAAGGUGUGAGUCACCUGAAGAAAACACUGGGACGUUUGUGUGAGUUUUUUUCCACCUGCCCUUGAGGUCAGGGACUGCGUAUGCCUGAGGAUAACCAGCCAACAGGCUCCAAGUGACACCUCUCUUACCUGAUAUCUGGCAAUUCAGUUCUACCAAUUGAAGUCAGGUUAAUUAUUACAAUGAGUCUUUUACUGUACAUUCCCAGGGUUUUAUUUUUAAAUACCACUGUGCCUUUAACUAGGGUGUAAAUACUUUAUUCCACCAGAAACACGGUCGUAAGAUCUGAUCCUGAGCCAGAAGUACAGGUGGCACAGGAGGUGUUAAUGCAGUUUAACACUGGGGUUUUCUUUCCUUUGACAUGAGAUUUUUUCAAACACGUGUCCUCCAGUUAUUAAAGCACAGGGUGACAUGGAGAAAGAACCGUGCGGCUGGUGCUGUGUCACACACACUUUCUUGGCUUUUGAGUAGCUCAGGUGUGGCCUUUUGGCUAAAUUUUGAUAUCAUGUAAACUGCUGGGCUACUUGGGCCUUGUUUCUUGAUGGGAGCAGAGGAGUUUAGGGGAUGCCUCUGAGUGUACCUUCUAGAUUCUGAACAAGUUGCCUUUUCGGAACAUCAGCUUCCAUUUCUCUGUAGCCUUAAAAUGUGCUCUGUUUAGAUCCCUAAAGCCCUUCUCCUGCUGAUAUGAAAGAUAGAAUAUAAGGAUUAAGAGAAUCGCUUUUUACUCAGUUAGGGGGAACGUCCCUCGUCUUGCAACAGGAGAGUUCCCGCUGGCUGGACUGGCCUAUUCAGUGCCUUAAGGGAUUGGGUGAUCGAGCACUUGCUAAGACCGAUCUGUCAGGUAUGGAUUCCUUUGGCCAUUUCCCCCUGUGCCUUUGCUUGGCUCCCUGGUGUCCUCGGCAGCACUUCCUGGAGGGGGCCAGGGUCCAGCUCCUCGAGGUGAAGGAGCCCCUUAACUGUGCAGGUCAUGGGGAACCAUAAACUUGGACCCUGAAGGGCUUGAGCUGCAUGUGACUGUCCUUGAAUUCUUCCUGUGUCUGCCUGGAAGAAAACCCAUCACUUCUGGGUACUGGAGAGGUCGUAGUGAGGGGCUUUAUAUAGCUAAUAAAAUUUAAAAGCCAGUAGAAAACAGAAAUGCCUCAGCCUUUAAACUGUUGCUUUUUUUCACUUUCCUUCAUGAAUAGACUCUCAGGCAUUUUACCUCCUUGUUAGAAAAUUGUGAAAAGUAUCACAAGAUGAUACUUACUUUUGGAUUGCUAUAUUUUAAAAACCAGAUUAAUACACAUUUUUAAAAACUAGGGCACUUGCCCCCUUCUUAAUUAAUAGCAACAGUUCAGAUUCUUCAGGUAAUUUUAUUGUUGGUCACCUGAUCCUGGAAUUAGAAUGUUUUUGCGUUGCUCAUUUUUUCUCCUGGUUGUGAUAGAAUCUCAUCAAAUCUUGACAUCUCUCGUAGGGGAAGAACGGCACAGGCCACUGGUGUGGGCAGGGCUUGAGACGAUAGCAGUUAUUAAAUCGGGAAUCUCUUGUCUGUAUGUUCUUGUUACAAUGUGGUUAAGAAGCCAGAUUAUUGGCAGCAGAAUCCCUUUUCAGGAUUAUGUUUGCUGCAGCAUUGAUUAUAUUGGAGCACUUUAAUCUGAGAUGAUAUGUAACUUGAUUUAUCUAAUUAGCGUUUAAUUAUCUACAGCUAUUUUAUUUUAUUUAAUUCUCUCCUACAGUACUGGGGACCACUGUAGACUUCUCAGAUGACUUGUAUUUUCGUAGUGCUAUGAAAUUUAUUUACAUACCUAUAAAGAUAACUAUAUUCACUUGAACUCUGAAAAUGUCCAUGUAUAUAUUUGUUCUGCAUCAUGUUUUUUACUUGAUAUCAAUGUAUUUUUACUGUGAUAACCCAAGUGGGCUGGGGGACAGGUGUGCCCUGAAUGGUUUCUCUUCCUUGGAGGAGCUGGUAAUGGAGACCCGCAUUGUUCACGUGGGGUGGCUGGUUUGGAGACGUCUGCUGCUAGGACCUCAGGUGUGUAACUCGGUCAGUGUUUGAGAGGGACCUCUGGGUGAAGGAGUGAAUUCCUAUGCUCUGAAAUGCCACUUGGGAACUUGGGAGAAUGAAGGACAAUUUACUUCAAGGGUGUCUGGCUUCUGCUACUGCUGGAAAACACUCAGUUCAUAGCGUUCCUGCGUGUCACAAAGAAGAUAACCUGGAGGUCAUUCAGGUCAUAACUGUCCUUGAAGACUCUCCUGGGGCGGGGGGGCAUUGUCUAGGAGAAGCCUCAGUCUGCUCUGAGCCACUAGCGGAGGGUGGUGCAUCGGAUCAUGAGCUCCUCUAAUUGGAGCAUGCGGAAGGGCGUUCAUGCAUCUGCACAGGAGCUGGGACUUGCCUCUGGCUGCUGCAAGUGUUAACCUAAGGGACAGACCGGGAGGGCCUGUGCUCUGCGGAAGCAGGAGUCACUCUUCUCUUAGCCUUGCCUGGCUGCCUCCAGAAAGAGCCAUAGGUACUUGAGGGGAACAUCGGAUUAAAUAAAUACCAAUGAUGAACGUCAGCUGGAGUCAGCUUCCUGCAGAGUGUCCAUCCUUUGCGUGCCUGUUUCCGCCGUCCCAUUCCUCCCAUUCCUCGGACUUGGGCAGACGCCCUGCCUCUCCUUUUAUUCCGGUGUGUUGACCUCAUCAAGGCAGCAGAAUGCAGGAGAAGGCAGGCCUGCUCUUUGCUGUGCUGCACAGCUGUGGCCCGGAGUGGAGGGGUGUGUGUGCCUCGCGCCGCUGCCAGGGGGAGCUAACGGGGCAGAGAGGGAGAAAGGGCGCGACACUGGCCACCUGUGGUGUCGAGGGCCGGAGGCGGUUGAUGGAGAACUUAACCCCCUAGUGUCCACACCAACCUCAACUCUGGUUUCUCCGUAUCUACUACGUGAGCUACUAAGGUGACUUCCUCCUCUCUCCAGUUGGAGGGUUGCUCAGUGCUUUUGGAUUAUAGAAUUAUGAUUUCCUGCUUUUGUUACUUUGGGAAUUUUGAAUUUCUUUGGUUUUGUUUGUGAGAAGUAACCUGAAAUUUCCUAUAACACUAAAUAAAA